UUCUGUGGCACCAGGGUUGUAGUUGUGUUGCUAUUUUUGGUGUCAUGGUUCAGGGCGGGCGGCGGCCCUGGCGCAAAGCAUGCUGGGGCCCGUAGUCUUCGGGAUAGUCCCUCGCGGGAGUUUUGACUCGCGGGCUUUUAAGAACAUCCGGGUCCUUUUUGAGCCUGGGCCAGGAGGAAGACUGUUUGAUGGCGUCGCCUAGCAGCGGCCAUCUCUCCUCUUCCUCCUCCUCCUCUUCCUUUCUUUUAACGACUACGGAAACCAGUGAGUCCUGAGGGAGGCGGGAGGCCCUUGUGGACCAUAAACUGUUGUGUCUGUUGCGGAGCUGCUGGCCGGAGAGCGGCACGGAACAGCAACAACAGCAACAGAAGAAGAAGUGUAUCAGGAGAUAAAUGAACUUUCAAGAUGGCACCCAUUUUAGAAUGGAAAAAGAUUAUGCGAGUAGAUCCUGAUGCUUUGCCUCAUCAAGAAGAGCUUGCUGAUAAUUUAUUGGAGGCAGUGGCCAAGGUUGAUGGAAAUGACCUGAAGGAUGAAAACCCUGCACGUUUAAUUCAGCUUUUUAAAAUUUCUCAGUCACUAAUGAAGAUGAAAAAUCAAGAGGUGGAGCUGGCACUGGAAGAAGUUGAAAAAGCUGGGGAGGAGCAAGCCAAAUUUGAAAAUCAAUUAAAAAGUAAGGUGAUGAAGCUGGAAAAAGAACUAGAGGCAGCACAGCGAUCUACUGGUGGUCGUGAUACUCGCUUUCUCCGUGAUGAGAUCCGUCAAUUGGAAAGACAGCUAGAACAAAAAGACAGAGAAUUGGCAGAUAUGGAAAAGGAGUUAGAGAAAGAAAAAAAAAUCAAUGAGCAACUUGCUCUUCGAAAUGAGGAUGCAGAAAAUGAGAACAGCAAAUUGAGAAGAGAGAAUGAACAGCUCCGUCAGGAUGUGAUUGACUAUCAGAGACAAAUAGAUACACAAAAGGAAACACUUUUUUCACGAAGAGGAGAAGAAUCAGACUACAGGUCACAGUUAUCAAAAAAGAACUUUGAACUGGUCCAGUAUCUAGAUGAAAUUCAGGGUUUAACUGAAGCUAAUGAAAAAUUAGAAGUACAGAACCAGGAAAUGAGGAAGAAUCUAGAAGAAUCUGUGCAAGAGAUGGAAAAAAUGACGGAUGAGUACAAUAAAAUGAAACUUAUUGUGCAACAAUCUGAUAUUGUUAUGGACCAACUAAGAAAGGAAAAGGAACAAUAUAGGUUACAGGUGAAUGAACUAACGGAGCAACUUAGAGCAAAGAAUGAAGAAGAUGAUCCUCUUAUGGUAGCUGUAAAUGAAAAAGUGGAAGAAUGGAAGGGAAUUUUAGCUUCCAAAGAUGAAGAAAUAGUUGAAUAUCAGCAGAUGUUGUUCAGCUUGAGAGAGAAAUUGAAAAUGGCCCAGCUUGAUACUGACAAAAGUAGUGUUAUCGCACUCCAGCAGGGUGUGCAAGAAAGAGACAGUCAGAUCAAACUUCUUACAGAACAGGUUGAACAAUAUACAAAAGAGAUGGAAAAGAAUGCACUGAUUAUUGAGGAUCUUAAAAGAGAACUCCAAACAGAAAAAGGUCUGCCAUCUUUUAGACAACAAGAUUGUAUUGAGGAGAUGCAAGUAAAGUUGCAUACGUUGGAACAGAAAACAAAAGAAGCUGAAAGGAUAGCAGAAGUUGCAGAAGCUGAUGCAAGAGAAAAGGACAAAGAACUUAUUGAUACUCUGAAGAGAAUGAAAAAUUAUGAAACAGGAAUAUAUGGUCUGGAAGAUGCUGUUGCUGAAAUAAACAAUUUGAAGAAGCAACUUAACAUAAGAGAUCAUGAGAUUGAAUCAUUAAUCAAAGAAGUUAACAAACUUGAACUUAAAAUCAAUGAUUUUCUUGAUGAAAAUGAAGAUCUUCGGGGUCGAUUAGGCCUAGAUCCAAAACCAAUGAUUGAUUUAACAGAAUUUAAAAACAGCAAAGCAUUAAAACAGCAGCAGUACAAGGCCGAAAAUCAGAUCCUACUGAAAGAGAUUGAAAGACUGGAAGAAGAAAGAGUUAAUCUGAAACAGCAUAUUCGUAAAUUGGCUCAGGAGAAGGGAAGAAGGGCUGCAACUCUAGGUUUGGAUACAGAUGAUUUACAUCUGAUUGAUACCUUUACUGAAGAUCUGAAGAUGAAAAGGAGGAAGUCUGAGUUCAUGAGUACUGGGAACACUGAAGAGAUUCAAGCAAAGUGGAGUUGUCAGUUGACUUCACAGGUACAACUGGAGGAUAAUAGUGAUGGCUCCAAGGCUUUAACAAUAGAUGAGCUUUACAGUUCUCUAGGGCAAGAAUCAACAGAAAUGCUAGGGACAGCUUUAUGCCCAAUCAGUGAUGAGGAAUACAGAAAACUGAAAGUAGAAUUUCCAGUUUCAUUUUCUGCUAUGCAGACUAAACAAAGAACUAGUACAAGACAACUGGUGCAAAGGCAGGAAAGGCAGAUGAAGAAAACUGAAAGGCAUUCUCGUGCUCAUAUGUCAAGAUGCUCAGCGGAGACAUUACCCUUGGAUUCCCAGGAGGCGUUGCCUCUUACUCUGCUUGGAAAGCCAGUUUCAUCCUAUGUAGUACAGGAGGUUCUAUUGAAAGAUGAGGAAGACAAUUCUGAAAUAAAGCUGUUGGAUUUGAGAACUGAUUUGCAAGGUACAGGCAAAGAUAAUAUAUAUUUUCCAGAAUCAUGGCCGGUAGAACACUUGGAAGGAGAAAUUGAUUGUGGCCAGCCAGUGAAAGCAUAUCAGAUAGAUCGAGUUGAGAGUCUCAUAAGACAGCUGAAGAAUGAAUUAAUUUUCCUUAGAUCAGAGAAUGAACAGAUAUUAAGAAACUUGUUCGCCAGGAAUACACUGAAUAAAGAUGCAGAACUAGAGCUUGACAAGUUCAGAAGCCAGAAAUUGGAGAAUGACUAUCUUGCCAAAGAACUAAAUGAAAGAGAGAGAGACCUCGAACAAAACAGGAAUGUAAUAGCAAAAUUUCAGUCCAAAUUAAAAGAAUUGGUACAAGAAAAUAAGCACCUUGAGCAAGGCAUGAAAGAAAUUCUUCAAGCUAUCAAGGAUAUGCAAAAAGAGCCAGGUGUAAAGGGAGGCGAAACAUCUCUAAUCAUCCCCAGUCUGGAACGUUUGGUAAAUGCAAUUGAAUUAAAGAACACAGAAGGAACUUUUGAUGCCAAUUUGCAUUUGAAGACUCAAGUUGACCAACUUGCUGGACGAAAUGAAGAGUUAAGGAAAGAACUGAGAGAAGCUCGGAAAGAAGCUAUUAAUUUUUCUAAUCAGCUAGCCAAAGCAAAUACAAAGAUUGCCAAUCAAGAAAAAGAUAUUGAGUUGCUGCGACAAUCAGAUGGUGCCAAUAUAGUAUUCAAAGCAGUAAAUCUUCCUGAGGGGAUGGCGCCUUCUAGCAGGAACAUAAUUAAUUCACAGAAUGAAUAUUUAAUACACCUUUUGCAGGAACUGGAAGAUAAAGAACAGCUACUCAAGAAGUUGGAAGAAGCAGUUGAAGAAUAUAAAAGAAAAUUUGCAGUUACCCGCCAUCAACAAGGUUUGCUGUAUAAAGAAUAUCAAAGUGAAAGAGAACAUUGGCAAACUGCUGCUGAAAAAAUACAAGAAGAAAAAAGAAAGUUGGAGUAUCAAAAAGAGCAAGAUGAUAUAAAAAUAAAGGAAUAUUAUAAUUUGCUAGAUGUGCUUCAAAAGGACAAUGAUGACUCGAAACGACUCUUUGCGGACUAUAGUAGAAAAAUUACUGUCCUACGAGUAAAUGAACGAUCAUUGACAAGACAGUACACAACCUUACUUGAAAUGGAAAGGCAUCUUCGGACAGAGAAUGAGAAGAUGAGGUCUGAGUUAACAUCAAUGGAAGCAGCAGUUCAAGAAAAGAUUGGAUGUUUACAAAGGUUCAAGGAUAUGGCAACUUUCAAAAUAGCAGCAUUACAAAAAGUCCUGGAUGACAGCGUACCUUUAAAUGAUCUAGAAGUGGCAAAUAAACAGUAUAAUGAGCUAACUGCUAAAUAUAGAGAUACUCUACAAAAGGAUAAUUUGCUUGUUCAAAGAACAACUAAUCUAGAAUACUUGGAGAGUGAGAAUGCAUCCAUGAAAGAACAGAUGGAAUCUUUAAACAAGGAACUGGAAAUUACAAAAGAAAAGCUUCAUACAAUUGAACAAGCUUGGGAACAAACAGUAAAACUGGGAGGAGACAGUGGUACCAACAAGGCUGCAAAAGCCAUAACCAACACUGAAAUUGUUUCUAUUUCUAAAAAAAUUACUAUGCUGGAAAUGAAAGAGCUAAAUGAAAGGCAAAGAGCAGAACACUCACAGCGAAUGUAUGAACACUUACGGAACACAUUGAAGCAAGUGGAAGAACGUAAUUUUGAAUUAGAAGCCAAAUUUGCUGAGCUUACCAAGAUCAACCUUGAGACACAGAAGGUGGAACAGUCCUUACGAGAUGAACUGUCAAACAGUGUGAGUAAAGCAGUCAGUGAAGCAGAUAGAUGCCGUAUAAUGGACUUGGAGAAAAGCGAAACUGAACUCAAGAUUGAAGUCUCAAAGUUAAGGGAGCUUUCUGAUAUUGCCAAGAUGCAAGUUACUGCUUUGGAGAAUCGGCAACAAUCCAGAGAGAAAGAGGUAGAAUCACUUAGAAUGCAGAUUUUGGACUAUCAGACACAAUCGGAUGAAAAAACACUUAUUGCAAAAUUGCAUCAACAUGUCGUGGCUCUUCAGAUUAGUGAGGCUACUGCAGUAUCCAAGUUAGAGUCAGCAAUAUCAAAACUUCAGAAGAUGGAGAUUGUAAAUAUGCGCCUGGAGCAAAAAUUGGAUGAUAAGGAACAAGCGUUAUAUUAUGCACGGCUUGAAGGGAGAAACAGAGCCAAGCACCUUCGCCAGACUGUGCAGUCACUGCGGAGGCAAUUUAGUGGUGCCUUGCCCCUGGCCCAACAGGAGAAAUUCUCCAAGACUAUGAUUCAGCUUCAGAAUGACAAACUGAAAAUGUUGGAUGAUAUCCAGCAUGCUCAACAAGAGCGUCGAAAUGCAGAGAAGAGAACACUAGAGUUGGAAAUGAAAUUAAAAGGAUUAGAAGAACUACUAGCCACAUUAAAAGAUACAAGAGGAGCGCAAAAGGUCAUUGAGUGGCAUAUGAAAAUUGAAGAGCUUCGUCUUCAGGAACUCAAGCUGAACCGAGAACUAGCCACAAAAAAGGAAGAGAUCAAAUAUUUGAACAGUAUUCUUUCUGAAUAUGAGCGUACAAUCAGUAACCUGGAAGAAGAAGUUGUGCAGCAGAACAAGUUCCACGAGGAGCGGCAGAUGGCCUGGGAUCAAAGAGAAGUAGAAUUAGAACGCCAGCUAGACAUAUAUGACCAUCAGCAAAGAGACCUGUUAAGUACAGCUCACAAGUUGGAUGAAACUACAGGAUCAUUUCCAGAUCCUAGCUUAUCACUUCCACAUCAGCUUGAGCAAGCUAUAAGAAAAGUUAGAGAACAUGUUCGAACAAUCCUGGAAAUGCAGGUCACUUGCAAAUCCUUAGAAGAGAAACUGAAAGAGAAAGAAGCUGCUCUAUGGAAAGCAGAGCAAAAUAUCUUGUCAAGAGACAAGGUAAUAAAUGAACUAAGACUUCGAUUACCAGCGUCACUGGAGAGAGAGAAGAUAAUAGCACAGCUUGACCAAAAAGAUGAUGAGCCUUCUGCCCAUGCUCAUGCCCUGAAAGUUGCACAUCAGACUAUUGCAAAUAUGCAAGCAAGAUUAAAUCAGAAAGAGGAAGUGCUGAAAAAGUACCAACUCCUUUUAGCCAAAGCAAGAGAGGAACAAGAGGAAAUAGCAAAGAAACAUGAAGAAGACCUCAGAGUGCUACAUCAAAAGUUAGAUUUACAUGCUGACAAUUCUUUUAAUAAAUUCAAGCAAACUGCAAUGGAGCUGAUGAAAAAACCUUCUAUAGCUGUCACAGCAAAUAAGCACUUUAUUCGUCUGGCAGAGAUGGAACAAACAGUUGCAGAACAGGACAGUUCCCUUGCUUCCCUUCUGAACAAAUUAAAGAAAACAUCAUCUGACUUACAGAAGCAAAAGCAAAUUACUCUGGCAAAAAUCAAGGAAUUUGAUAACAUCAGAGCACAACAUGAGCGGAAGCAUGCAGCUGAAGAGAAAAAAUUGAAAGAUGAAGUGGAUGAAUUAAGGAGUUUGUUGUCACAGAUGGAGAAAGAAUUAAUGAAUACAAAAACAGAGCUGGAGGUCCAAAGGGAAGCAAAUAAUAGAGCUCCAACAACUACAAUGAAAAAUCUAGUGGAACGACUGAAGAAUCAGCUAGCCUUAAAAGAGAAACAGCAGAAAGCUUUGAGUAAAGCACUCCUGGAGCUCCGAGCAGAAAUGACAGCUGCUGCUGAACAACAAAUUAUUUCUAUAGCAUCACAAAAGGAGACACAUAUGAAUGUCCAGCAGAUUGUUGACAAACACACAAAGGAACUGAAGACUCAGAUAGAAGAUUUAAAUGACCAGCUUUCCAAAAUUAAAGAUGCUCUAAAGUCAAGCAAAAAUAAAGAAAAUUCAUUGUUAGAUGAUUUGGAUGAUUUAAAUCAGGAACUUCAGAAAAAAACCAAAGCCCAUGUGAAAGUUCUAAGAGAAAAAGAUGAGAUGGAAAAAGAAAAUGAAGAACUGAAAAAGCGAAUUAAAAGACUAAGUACUUCAGUUCAGAGUAAAGCUGAUGACCAAUCUCUGAUAGAUGAGCUUCAAAGAAAAAUCAAGAAGAUGGAAAUUGAGCUAGGAAAGAAAACUAAUGAGUCAGAAAAGAAAAGUCCAAGGGAAGACAAGAGCCAAAAGGAAGAAUUAAUUAGAUGGGAAGAAAGUAAAAAAUGGCAGACUAAAACUGAAGGAAUGAGGAACAAACUAAAAGAAAAGGAGAAAGAAGUAGAAUCUUUAACCAAGCAGCUAACCACAGUAAAGGAACUUUUUUCCAAGGCUGAUAAAGAAAAGCUUGUUUUGCAGAAGAAGCUCAAGAGCUGUGGUGUCACUGUUGAUCAGGUAGUUGGAGCACGAGUCUCUGAAUCAGAACGAGAGCUUGAAGAGCUUCGAAAACGAAACAUGGAUUUGGAGAAUGAAAUUGUUCACUUGAAGACUCAGUAUGCUGUUCCUCGAGAUUCUGUUGUGGAAGAUUUGCACUUAAAAAACAGAUAUUUACAAGAAAGACUUGUUGUACUGGAGAAGCAGCUUUCUAAGGAUACUUUUUCAAGACCUUCGAAUGUUCCAUGUGAAACAACUUCAUUGGCUAAUACCCCCAUUUCAAUUAACUCAUUCUCUAAGCACAAUCAUUUGAAACAUCCACCUAAGAAAACACUGUUAGAUAAAACCAAGUCAAGCCAUCAAAGUUCUCUGAUUAUGAUUAAUGGUAAAAACAAUGGAGUCCACAAGUCACACACCAUAGAUGAAUCCCAGGAGGUUGCUGAAAGUGUUGCUGUCAAUGGUGCUGCAGAAGCACAAUUUGAAAAUGUGGGAAAGCAAGAGGAUUUAAAGGCAAGCUCAGAAGCUGAAAAGUGCAGCUCUCCAGAAGCAAAAAACAUUAUUGAACAGGAAAAUGUUUCUGCUGAAGUGGAUAAUGUUGACCAACAAUGGGAGAUAUCUAAAAAAGAAACAGAAGAAAUCUGCAAACAUUCUAGAAGUGGUAAUGAUGAAGAAAAGGAAAGCAGACAUGAAUCUUGUCCUGAAAAGGAGAACUGCAUUCAGUCUGACUCAGAUGAAACUACUAACCUGCCCUCCAAAAUUGAUGCAGAAAUGAAAAAUAAUAAUGAAGAGGUGGUAGAAGAUAUAUGUGAGAGCCAUGAAACUGCAAAAGGGAAGAGUGGAUUUUGUGAAGUUCCUCAGACAUCCGGAUUAGGAUCAGAUGAUCAGUAUCAAAAGGAACAAGAGCUUCAAAAGGAGAACCUAAUGUUGUCAUCUGAAAAUAUGGAACUUCGAUUCCAGCUAGAGCAAGCCAAUAAAGACUUACCAAGAUUAAAGAAUCAAGUGGCUGAUUUGAAAGAAAUGUGUGAACUUCUGAAGCGAGAAAAGGCAGAAGCUGAGCGGAAGUUAGGCAAUGUCAGAGGGUCUGGAAGGAGUGGUAAGACUAUUCCAGAAUUAGAAAAAACAAUCGGUUUAAUGAAAAAGGUUGUAGAAAGAGUCCAAAGAGAAAAUGAAGAGCUUAAGAAAGCACCUCGAGUAGUCUCCAGUGAAAAAAUGUCCAGUCUGGAACAAGAAAAUGAGUGUUUAAAGUCUGAACUGGAAAAACUGAAGCUUCACCUUAGUGAUGAAUUGAGUACACGCUAUGAACUCAAGAGUAAAGGUACAGAAAAAAUAAUUGCUGAAAAUGAGAGAAUACGAAAGGAGCUGAAAAAGGAAGCAGAGAAUGCAGAAAAGCUGCGAAUAGCAAAGAUUAAUCUUGAAAUAAUAAAUGAGAAAUUGUCUGCGGAACUGGAAGAAAAAAUAAAGAAAUUAAACAUGGCUGAAAGCAGAAUCCCACAGCUUGAAGGCGCUGACAGCAAGAGCUGGAAAUCUAUGGUCAUAACAAGAAUGUAUGAAAAUAAGAUGAAAGAAAUGGAGGCUGAUAUUGCCAAAAAAGCUCAAGCUAUUAGUGAUCUUAAACAGCAACUGGAGAAAGCCAAAGAAGAAUAUACCAAAGACAUAAAAGAACAAAUUGGGCUUCUCCAACACUAUCCUGAAAGUGCCCAAACAGAGCAAGAGCUUAUCAGGGAACUUCAGCUUCUCAGGUUAGCCAAUGACCAUUUGGAAAAGGAAAAGGCAGAAUUAGUUCACCAGUUGGAGGCAUCUCAAAAUUUAAGUGAAAUAAAGGAAGGACAGAGCUUUGCUGCUGGUAACAUUUAAAAUACUUUCAUUAUAUUGUGGGACCUUUCAAAAGUUACACUAUAAAAAUUAUAUUGUGUCAAACCUUUCAAGAGCACAGCUAAAUCCAGUUGCUGAUGCCAACUAGAAUAGGCCCAUGGAAUCAAUGGUACUUCUCUAAAUUUUGACUUUAGUAAGACCCAUUGAAGCACUGUUCUUCUAGACCAUAUGGGAUACAAAGCUGUACUUGAAAAAGAGAAUUCUUCAACAUGGAAGGAAUAUCUUAAAACUCUGUGGAAAUAUAGGUGCCUUGCAUUUCUGCAAGAGUAGGUUUGAAUAAAAACCUAAGUCCUUUGAGUCAUAGGGAACAAAAAGUAAAAUAUCAGUGGAUUAAAACAGGGGAGCCUGUUUUAAUCUACUGAUACUGUAUUUCACUUUGUUUGUAGCCCUCCAUAUAUUCUUCCAACAACUCUAGCCAGCAUAAGUAAUAUUGAGAAUUGAAGAUCAGCAACAUCUGGAAGAACCCAUAAUUUCCAGCCUUGGAUUAAAAUAUGUAUCUGGGUUUUGUAUAACAUUUCUGAAACAAAUGUUACUUAUUCUGAGAAAAUCUAUGCUUAAAGUGUCUUGGGAGGGUUAGGGAGAUGCCUUCAUUUCUCCUAUUUGUAGGAAUAGCUUUAUAUUUGUUAAAGGUAGCUGCCUUAGUUUUGUAAUAUCAUUUUCUAAGGGAAAUGAAAACUGGAGUGUGCUGAUAGUUUUUAUUAUUUUCCACAUAAUUCCACAAUAUUAACAUAAUAUUUAGUCUACUGGGCCUAUGAGAAAGAAAGUAGGUCAAAUAGUUUUGGUAUUUUAACCUACUAGUAGUUUUUUUUUUUUAACAUAAUUUAUCAUAUAGCAUAAACCUAGUGUUGUAACACACUCUGGCAAAAAUUUAGCCUUGCAGAAAUAAGCUAUUGGUUUUUAGUAGAGACCUAUUUGAUCCCUUGGUUCUCUUAAAGUAGAUAUAGAUGCAAUUCUCACAGUCCCUACAUCAUUGUUUAAUGACUAGGGAGUACAGUGGGAUAUGUGUUUUUCCUUCUCACAAGUUUAAUUAUGUAACUCUUAACUGGGCCAAAUUUAAAGUGGCACCAGUAUUACUUAUAGAUAAAUGCUAAAGUCCAGUUCAUGCUGGGAUGAGUUUUUGGAAUGCUACUAUACAUGUCCAAUCCUUUAAUUCAGCAGUGGGCAGCAUGGCCCGGGGCCACAUGCAGCCCACAAACUGUUUUUGUGGUCCCUUUCUAAAGAUGUCAGAGAUCAGAUUUUUUGUUUAAUUUAGAAAUCUCCAGGUCAAUCCAUCUUUUAAUUAAGUAGCAGAGGCCCCCAUGCAUUAUAUAACAUUAAAAAUCUGGUUAUUUCUGGGUGGGGCAUUUUUGACAUUUAAGAGAUUCCUUGGGACCCACUGCAUUUGCCCGCUCCAGUUUUAUCUGCAUAUUAAUUAUGCAAAACCAUUUUGUUGCAUUUUACAUAUACUAGAAAAUCAAUUUAUUUUUAUUUUAACAAAAUUCCUUUAAAUUAUAAAUUCUGUAUUAACUGCAAGAACUCAGAAAUCAUUUCUAGUCUUGGAGGAGGGGGGAGCUAAUGCACCAUAUGCCAUUUUGUUUAAAUAGAAAUAGUUAUGAUUAAUUCAACUUCAUGUAUAUUUUUAUAUGUAUAAAACUUUCAACUGAAACAUUUAGACAAGACUGGAAACUACAAGUUACUAGCAGAAGACCUGAAAACACAGUU